AAAUAACAAACGAAGCCGAAAAUACAAUUGACUGUGCUAAUGCGUACAUCGCAAUGUAUACAAACAGCAAUCUAUUCAGACGAUUUUUUUUUUAUGUUUUUAUAGUUCUCUUCUCUUUCUCUCUGUGUUGUUGUAUUUUUUUCGGUGUGCUACCUGCUAGCGUCGUCUUUCCAGUGCACUGAUAAAUUUUCGUUCAGUUGAAUUUUACUGUUUGCAAUUAGACUAGAAAUAAAUAGUUGGUUCGACAGGAUUUUUUUUUCGUUGGAUCGUUGUUUACAUUUUUGGAUGUUUUCUUUUUUCGAGUUGCUAACCAAGCUGUCGUGUAGAAGUGCUGCAGUUUUUCCCCACGUUUAUUAUAAAGAAAUACAAUUUGUUGACUGCGUUUUGUGCACUGUGAAAAGUAAUUUAAAAGAUCUGUUGAUUAGUUCUAUAUACAAUGAUGUGUGUGUGCUUCUUCUUUUUGCUCCGUCGUUGCAGUAUUUCGGAUUGUGCAAGUAAUAAAAUGUAAAGUAUAUCGCACGAGUUUUAUGGCACAUUACGUUUCUUCUUUUUUUUGCCUUUUCAAUCGGCAAGAAACAAAGUGUAUGAUAGUUGCUCAUUUCUGUGUAGAGACUUUGAACGAUCAAUUGAUUUUUUUUCAGUUCAAGUUUGUAAAAAGAGUCAAUUUCAAAGGGAAAAAAAUCAGAAGAAACAAGAGACAAGUGAAAAGAAACAUAUUGCGAUUUGUCUAUAUCAACCACACAUCGAUUUUACUGUGUCAGAGAGAAAUAGUGUGCAAAAGAAAAACGGGAAUAAAAUACAGGCCGAAAAUCACACGUUUCACAGAAUUGGAAUUUCGGCAAUAACACGAUAAUAUCUCUCUGAUUCGCUGCAUAAAUCCGUUUAUUGCCUUCCAUAAAUCAUUUCCAAAUCAAUGAAUACCGUGUACAAUAUGCGGAAUAGCUGCAUCAUUCGUGCAUGAAAAAUAGUUUGGAUUUUAUCUCAAAAGGAAUCAGACUCCCCACGCCGCAAAUCACUUCGUUAUGUGAUUUGAACAUUGUUUUAUAGUUUGCAGUUGAAGCACAAGAAUACCAAAGUGUCGCGAUGCAUAGCAAGAAAUGCGCUCAGGAAAUAUCAAGACAAAUAUUUGUGGGCCAUGUACCAAAAUGAAAUAGAUUCAGGGACAUACAAGAUGGAUGUAAUACAAGAUGUUCUUCUUAAAAGUCAUAAAAUGUUUACCGAAAUCAAGAGAGAAAAAUAGACGAACGGCGACAAGAUAAAACUGUUAACUGUAUAUAUGAAUAGGAUUGAAAUUGGACGACGCGACAGUCAACAUGUUCAAACAUUACACAGGAACAAGCGCACAUUUACUUUUUUCCUCAAAGAACGGCCUUCAUCUUGAUGCCUUUUGAAAACAAUCGCAAAGAAAAUCAAAAACACAAAUCACAAACAUCAUACAAAAAAAUUACCACAAAUACGUUAAGAAAAUUGUUAUUUUGAAACGAAAAUUUCGCAAGAAGCCACAAGUUCAAAUAAAUUAUUGUAAGAAAUAAAAAGAAAUUUUAAUGGGAAAAAACGAUUGAAUUAAACAUUUUGGAUUGGUAAAACGGUUGAAGAUGAGAUAUGACGGCGUUUGGACGGUGAAUGUUUGAUACAAAAUCGAUCGAAAGGACGAAACACGGAAAAUUGCCAGCCAAUUUUAAGUGGAAUGAGCCAGACGACAAAGAAGCAAUCGAACGAGUUUAAUGAAUAUGAUAGUGGUAAUGGGCCUAGACCUCCUGUGCCUGGUAAAGAAAGUGAAGCUACGAAGAUGACCACCGAAGGUGCUUCAAAUAGCACAUCCAGUUCAAAUUCAAAUUCGAAUCGUUCGCCCGAUGCGGAAUGCUCAUUUUCGGCACGUAUUCGAAAAUGGCAGGAAAGCUUUGGGUGUCUGUUGGCCGACAACGAAGGCGUCGAAUUACUGUUAAAAUUCGUCGAAGAAGAGGCCGGCCUCAAUUCAAUCCAUUACAUUAGACUAAAAUUAUAUUUUGCUGUCGAGGGAUUGAAGCUGCAACGCGAAGAGAAGAUAAUUCGUAAACUGAUUCGUAGAAUAAGUGAUGAAAUAACACGCGGUCAAAUCGAAAUAUCACCCGAGCUUCGCACCACCAUCACCGGUAUCGUUCUAAAGAAAUCUCCGCCAAACACAAACAUUUUCGACGACUUACAACAACAAUUGAAAGAAACAAUUGCGUCCUCAUCGUAUCGAACAUUUUUGCUCUCGGCAUUUUUUAUCGAUUAUGUUGAAGAGCAGAAAAAGAAGUACGAACCGAAACCACGCAUCACAGCUGCCAGUUUAGCAAGUGCAAUGAAUAAUGUUGCGGUUGCGAGCAGUUCUGCCGACGGUGCAACGGGCUUUAGCCGCCCAAUGACCGUUGAACUGUCACCCUUGUUAACGUCUUCGAAUUUACAAACAUUGCAUGAAGAUGCCGAACUUACUUUAAGCAAAGAGCCUACUUUAACGAAAACAACGACUGAUCGACCUAUGCCAAAGCUAACAGAGGGACUCCUGUUAGUUACACAAAAUAGAAGACUGGAAGUUAGACCGGAAGGUGCGCACGGGUACACAUACAAUGUACCGUUAAAUUCGUCUUUUAAUCCAGUAUCUCGACAAGGUUCUGAACAACAGAGUUGUAGUUCAGCUAGUUUGACCGACUCUGAAGUAAAUUCAAAAGACGGAAAACCAUAUUUCCACCGAAGACCGAUGCCAAUAGAAGAUAUGCGAAAGUGUAUGAAUGGACCGAUUGCGUCACACAAAACCGCGGUUUAUCCAUUGGCCCAAGGAUCGAAGGAACGUACCAAGACACCGCCACCCAUUUCAAAAUCGAAAAUGGAACAAGCAUCACAUCCAUUGGACGCAGCGGAACUGUGUAAAAAAUUAACGGCAUUGAAAGAGGAACUGGAUAAGAAGGGUGAGCGGUUACACCGUAUAUUGAGUGAUAAAUUGCAAUCAGCGCAACCGAGAGAAUUUCCGCUCGUUGAAGAGGAUGACCAAUCAAUUUUAGAUCAUCAUGUCAGUCGCGUUUUUUCACCUGGUGAUUCGACACCUGGUAACGAGUCUCCCCGGCAUCUGCAAAAAAAUCAUCAUCGCUCCAACGAAAUGAGUUCUUCCACACCCGAUUUUGCUACUCAACAACAAAUGCGACAUUCGAGAUCGAUUCCGGAGCAUGCUGGGCUGUUCGGUAGUUCUAAGACUAAAGUUCACAAUAUGUGGUCUUCACAAAAUAUUGAUAGUGGAAUCGAUAGUUUAUAUGCAGCCACUGCGCCAUAUAGAGCAAAGGAAACGCGAUCAAUUGAACAAUGGUCCAAUGAGACAAUGCGUAAAACAUCGAAAGAGGAUUCGAGAAAGACACGAAACAAAAUGCCACCACCACCAAGCUAUCAAGCUUGCAUUAUGCCGACAUCAUUUAGCCAUCAAACCAACUCAUUACCACGGAUGCAUGAAGAGGAGAAACAUUUCACACUCGUUGUUUAUAAUUAUGAAGAUGAGAAGAUACCAUAUCGAUCAAAAAUACCGACAAUUGGCAACCAAUUAACAUUGAAGCAAUACAAGGAACAUUUACCGAAGAAAGGAAAUUACAGAUUUUAUUUUAUUACCACUUGCGAUGACCCAGAGAGUCCAAUCAUUCAGGAGGAAGUGACCGACGAUAUGGACCUGCUACCAUUGCAUGAUGGCAAAGUUUGUGGCUACGUCAAGUCCAUCAAUUAAUCAUCAUUAAUGUUUCUAAGUUCAGCACAUUUAGAUAGUUUCAACGGCAUCCGACGUUUUUCAUUGCAUGAUAAAAAAAAAACUAAUUUAUUUGCAUAAAUAACAUGGUAAAACUGAAACAAUGUCCAAGCAAACGAACGACUGUUCCCCUUCCCCCCAUUUUUUUUUAGAAAAUUAAAUACUAAGUAAAUCGUAGGCACAUAAGAAUCGAAUCACACGAAGUCUCUGAACGUUUUCUUGCACGGAAACGAUUGAACGAAAACGGAUUGCCUAUCCACCUGAUGAUAGAUAAUUUUGUUACGUCGCUUCGGUAAAUUAUUAUAAGUCAUAGUAAUUGUCCCAAUUUGCUUCCAACAUGAUAAAUGCCUAGCCAGUAUCUGUAUACUGGUGUGUUUAUCCUAACAUUUUAUAUUGACCAAGGCCAGAAUUUGAUCAUGAUUUUUUUUCCUCAAAUUUUUUUUCCCAAUUUCCCGUUUUUUGAUGCUCUCUUAAUUCGGCAACAAAUACCGUUUGACAUCAAGAAUACAUUGUUGGGUUCGUUUUCCUCGCUUGAUUGCCAUCAAAAAAAUAUUAGUAUCGAUUGCACACAAUUGGCAAUAUUCGAAAGCCGUAGCCAUGCAUCUUUAUUUGUAGUCGAAUGUUCAGUUAUAGCGCGUAGAAUAAGAGAGAAAGUAUUCUGAUAUUUCAUAUAGAGAACGAGCCACUAUAUUCUUUUAAAAGAAGUUUCGCAGUUAAAACAAAAAUUACCUACCGUAAAACUCGAGUUGCAAGUAAGAGAAGGAAAUGGUGUUGUCGUCUCGAUGUGGAUGGAUUGGCGUGAAAAUUCAUUCAUUCAAAAUUCCAACCGAUUCAGAAAGAGUAAAUUUUUAUUAUUGCCACGACGAUUCUGUUUGCGUUGAAUCGGCAGGCCGAAAGCAAAUGAAAAUCAACACACGGAUUUAUUCAAUUCGAAUUUUUCAAAAUGACACAGACUUGAUUAUUUCUCACAAACAAAGGAGAUUUUUUAUUUCUUCCAUACAGAAUAUUUAUCUACCAAUUGCAUUUGGUUCAUUGUUUUUUUUCUCUGUAUAAAUUGCCACAUAUCUAUCUAUAAAUGAAACUUCCAUUUAAUCCACAUCAAUCGCAUUCACAGCCUUCACCGACCCCAUAUUUACAAAACAAAACAAAUUAUUUUAAUUUGCUAUACAUAUGCCACAAAUAACCGGUACACGGUCUUUUUUUUCGUAAAAUUAAGUCUUAGAAGAAACAAUAUCGAACAAACGAAAAUCAAAAUAGUUUUUAGUAUGUAAUUUAGAGAAACAUGCUUCGAAAAUACAUUUCGAAUAUACGUAUAUACAUAGAGAGAAAGAGUGUAUGAUUUUUUUUUCUUCUUCGGAGAAUCGAAUACGAAAAGCCACUUAUUUACAUUUAAACAUAAUGAUAAUAUUAAAAAGAAUCAUCCACGAAGAAAAUGAAAUAAUUUAAACGGUCCAAAUCUAACAGUGACAGUGCUACUUAAACUAAUAUGAACCAUUUUGUAUGAUUUUUUUUAAACUUCAAUAGAAUAAAUAAUAAUUUUCAUAUAAAGCAAUAAAAUCAAAAAAGGUAAGCGACAAAAA